AUGGAGCUCAGCGCAGCUACCCUCCUCCCUGUCGCUCUCGCCUCACUGGCCAUCCUCGUAUCCGUACUUCGCCGUAGUAAAUCGGCAUCGAGCUCCGACAAGAGGCGGCCUCCUGGUCCACCAUGUCUCCCCUUUAUUGGAAGCCUCCUCCACCUCGUGACGUCCAAGGCGCCGGUGGUUCUCCGGGACCUGGCCAGGAAGUACGGCCCAGUGAUGUAUCUGCGACUAGGCCGGGUCGACCACGUCGUCAUCUCGUCGCCGGCGGCCGCGCAGGAGGUGCUCCGGGACAACAACCUCAACUUCUCGUCGCGGCCGAAUCUUCUGGUCACCGAGACCAUCUGCUACGGAGGCCUGGACAUCGCCUUCGCGCCAUACGGAGCCUACUGGAGGACGCUGCGCAAGCUCUGCACCAUGGAGCUCCUCAGCGCGCGGAAGGUGAGGCAGUUCGCGCACAUCAGGGACACGGAGACUCUCUCCAUGAUUCAAAACGUCCGCGCCGCCAGCACGAGCGGCAAGCCGGUCCAUCUCGCCAGCCUGCUCCUGGCGUGCGCGAACUCGAUCACCGCCAAGGCGGCCUUCGGCGAGGUCUGCGACGCCGAGCUCCGAGAGCAGUUCCUGACUGCCAUGGAGGUCGGGGUGAGUGCAGGCGGGGGAUUCUGCGUCGGCGACCUCUUCCCGUCUCUGUGGUUCGUGGACGUCAUUACCGGGCUCAAAGGCGGGCUCUGGAAAGCGCGCCGGGAGAUCGACGCCGUCUUCGACACCAUCAUCGCUGAGUGCGAGGCGCGGCGGGAGAAGAAGAAGAUGUCGACGACGGCAACGGCCGAAGAGGAUGACAUUCUGAGCGUCAUCCUCCAAAUCAAGGACGAGGGGGAGAUUAAGUUCCCCGUCGGCAACACAAACGUCAAGGCAAUCAUACUCGAUUUGUUCAUUGGAGGGACAGAGACGACCGCCACGAGCGUCGAGUGGAUCAUGUCGGAGCUCAUGAGAAACCCGGACGUGAUGCAGAAGGUGCAAGCGGAGGUGCGCCGGACAUUCGACAACAAGAAACCGCAGGACCAUGAGGCACACAUCGAGGAGCUGCACUACAUGAAGAUGAUAAUCAAGGAGACCCUGAGGAUGCACCCGCCGCUACCUCUCAUGAUUCCCCAUGAAUGCCGGCAGACAUGUGACAUCGGUGGGUUCAAGGUCCUCGAGGGCUCUAGGAUACUGAUCAACGCAUGGGCGAUCGGAAGGAACCCCGACUCCUGGGAGGACGCCGAGGUGUUUAGGCCGGAGCGGUUCGAGGACAGCAACUUGGACUACAAGGGCACGCAGUACGAGUACUUGCCGUUCGGGAGCGGGAGGAGGAUGUGCCCUGGCAGCAACUUUGGGCUGGCUGCGCUGGACCUCAUCCUUGCACGGCUUCUCUACUACUUCAACUGGAGCCUCCUAGGUGGAAUGCGCCCGGAUGAGCUCGACACGGAGAUGAUCGCCGGCGCGACAGCCAAGAAGAAGAACCCGCUGAACCUAGUCGCGACACCUUACAAUGUUCCCAUGGAAACUCAGAGUUGAUCCAUGUGUUUCGUUGGCUUUUACUUUCAUAUUUCUACGCAGGUGGCAAUAAGGUCUCCAUUCUCG